GCGGGCGGCAUGGCUAGCACGGCUUCGGAGAUCAUCGCCUUCAUGGUCUCCAUCUCGGGCUGGGUACUGGUGUCCUCCACGCUGCCCACCGACUACUGGAAGGUGUCUACCAUUGACGGCACGGUCAUCACCACCGCCACCUAUUGGGCCAACCUGUGGAAGGCGUGCGUUACCGACUCCACGGGCGUCUCCAACUGCAAGGACUUCCCUUCCAUGCUGGCGCUGGACGGUUAUAUCCAGGCAUGUAGAGGACUUAUGAUCGCUGCUGUCAGCCUGGGCUUCUUUGGUUCCAUAUUUGCGCUCUUUGGAAUGAAGUGUACCAAAGUCGGAGGCUCCGAUAAAGCCAAAGCUAAAAUUGCUUGUUUGGCUGGGAUUGUCUUCAUACUGUCAGGGCUGUGCUCAAUGACCGGCUGUUCCCUAUAUGCAAACAAAAUCACAACGGAAUUCUUUGAUCCUCUCUUUAUUGAGCAAAAGUAAGUACUCCUCUCUGUCU